AUAAUACUUUAUUAAUCCCGUAGGGAAAUUGAUGUGAUGCUUGCUCGGAUAGACUCUGCCUCCCUCAUGACUUUGAAUUGGAAGAAGCGAUUAAAAGAUGGACUAUUGAACGUGAAAGAAAGCUUUACAUGUGCUUACAUGUGUCUAUUUUCUUUGUCCGUUAAGAGCAUCUUCCUGUAAUUUCUAAUCUAAAAGCUUGGUAGGGUUAACUGUUUUCUAUUCCACUUCGUUUUUAUAAUUAUAAUAAGCUUUGAAAUAACAAAUGUAAGGUUAAGACGACAAAACAUUUUUUUUUAAAGCAGACUAAUGGAGAUGCAAUUUCAUCCGUCCUUGAUUCAAUUUUAUUAACUGAUCUGUCAUACCAAACAUUAACUCAAGGUGGCACCUGAUUGUUUUUUAUUUACACUGGAGGCCUUUAGAGUUGCAAGUUAAAAACCCACGUUAUAAACCACCAAAAGGCACUACAAUCUAUGGAAAAUCGCAAGGAAAACAAGCUGCGAAGAUAAAUUAUUGCUGUUUCGAGUUGUAUGCGUUUCGUGAAUUAAAUGAGUUUAACAUUACUAUUCUCUGGCCAGAAAGUUAAAAAUUGACAUCGGAAAUUACGUUUUUUUUGUAUGGUUAAGAGAACAGAAGCUCCACUUUUUUGGUGGUGGUAGCUGUUGGGUACUGGUAUUGCUUUUUAAACCGUAAAUGCGUAAUUCUUUUGACCUAGGAAGCACACUUGAGAUCUCAUUAUCGUAUACUCUCCAGUCUGUCUUUUUGAAUAAAGCGAUAAUGGCAAGCAGGUGUGUUAACCAUGUCUUCUACCUGUUUCAAUGCUUACGUUCCGGUUACUGAAUUUCUGCAGUUUACGGCCAACAUCACCAAAACCAAAUUACGUGAUCAAACCGAUUAAAGAGACUGAAUGGUGCUCUCGUUUCUCGUUUCAAUGAAUGGGCUCUCGUUUCUAGCUUUUCUUAUUUCCAAAUUCAGGUUGGCUGAGACGUAGUUGAAAUUAAUUGUAGCACAUUCUGUUACUUACAGUAGGUCAGCGCAGUAUCACAAUGACUUCAGAUGGAUCCGCCUCCUUGUGGUUAUAAGGAUCUCCAAUCCAGAGGUGCAGUGCGUGUUCGUGCAGAAAGUUCAAUGAAUUUGCUAUGCGUCGCCUAUGGGAGCGGCUACCUGUGUCUGCCGCUGCAUGUGCUGUAAAACCAUGACUUCUGACGGCUGUGAUUCUGUCGACACCUUGGGAAAUUCUUCGUCGGGUGCGAUGUGGGACCCCAACAUCUCAAAGACUAUGCGUGAAGUAAACGGCAGUAAAAAUCCCGAAUGCGGGUCGGUUUCGGUCGCGUUCCCCAUAACUAUGAUGAUAACGGGAAUGGUUGGCAAUUCACUGGCUAUCAUGCUGGUUUACAUUUCUUACCGCAAGAGAGAAAACAAGAAAAAAAAGUCGUUCCUUCUUUGCAUAGGGUCCUUGGCACUGACCGAUCUUUUUGGGCAACUUCUGACGAGCCCCAUUGUCAUAUCUGUGUACAGGGCAGAUCUCAAAUGGUACCGCGUCGACCCGUCUGGAAGAUUGUGCGCUUUCUUUGGGGUAUGCAUGACAAUGUUUGGGCUCUGUCCACUUUUUUUAGCCAGCGCUAUGGCAGUUGAAAGGACGUUGGCCAUUACCAGUCCGCAUUGGUACUCGAAUAACAUGAAAACAAGCUUUACAAAGUUGGCAUUAGCUUUUAUUUGGUGCAGCGUGUUUCUCUUCGCUCUUCUGCCCAUCGCGGGAGUCGGACAGUAUACUUUGCAGUGGCCGGGUACCUGGUGCUUCAUCAGCACAGGCGACAGUAAUGUUGCGGGCAACACGUUUUUUUCUAUCACGUUUGCGGUUCUUGGGAUUUUCUCGUUGAUUGUGACUUUCUCCUGCAACGUGGUCACCAUCAAAGCAUUAGUGUCCCGGUGCAAAACCAAGCCAGCCUCGUCUCAGUCAGGCAAGCAAUGGGAGAGAUUAACUGUGGAAACUGUUAUCCAGUUGAUGGGGAUUAUGUGCGUGCUGUUCACCUGCUGGUCCCCUUUACUGAUACUGAUGCUGAAAAUGAUCUCGACCCACACCUCCUCACACCAGUGCAAGACAGCGGCCUUCAGCUUGUCACCCAGUGCAGAAAUCCAAGCGGUUUGCAAUUUCUAUCUCACCGCCAUACGUCUGGCAUCUCUGAACCAGAUUCUGGACCCUUGGGUUUACUUACUGUUGAGGGAAAUACUUUUCAGAAAAUUCUGCCAAGUUGCCAACGCUGUCUCAAGCUGCUCCAUAGAUGGACCGAAGGAGACCCAGGCAGCUCUCGAUGCCUUGAACAAGCAAGCUGUGGAUACCAGCCUGAGGCAGACAUGAUGAGGUGACGUGAUGGGACUGCGUUUGCCAGCAGUGUUUUAACAAAGCUUGACAAAACAAACGUGUUCUGUUUAGACUUUUAAAAAAUAGGAUAAGUCCUUUUUCUAAUGUGCACCGAAAAGAAGUUCCAUGUAAUGAUUGAAUUAAACGCAGUAAUGAAUCCAGAUCUUCACGCCUACCUGGGGGAAGAGCAGACUCCCCAUGCCUACCUAGAGGAUGAGUUGACUCAGCUCUUUCUCAGGGGAUUCAUAAUAUUUACUCAAGCGUAUUUUCUGCUUGGUGGCUCAAUCAAGCCUUACAAACAUUAUCAUCUGAUGCUGCAGAUUGGUGCUUGAAGAUAUUGUGCCAAAGAAAGUCCUCGCCUUUAUUUAUUGUUGUUGAGUGUUGGUUUGAUCCUCUGACCAUCUUUGAAAGAAUAAGACAUCUCUGGCAAACCACCUCAUGAAGUAACUAAGCCUUCAGUGUGCGGUUCAAGUAUGCAGGAAUAUUGUGUCAAAUGUUCUUGUUUUGUCUGAAAAUGACACAAAAAGGUGGAAAACAGUAAACCAUUAACAUUACAUCUGUUAUUUAACCUUUCCUUUAAUAGUAUUUGUUUAGUACUGUACAUUCCCAGUUUGGAAUUGCCAAAAGUUUUAUCCACUUAGCUUAAAAUCGAAAGUUGUGUUCCUGUGUCCUUGCUCCUUCAUCAUGCCCACCUCUCCGUGCCAUUCGCCAUGGUUAUGGCACUUUACCCGUCUCUCUUGUGUGCCUGGAAAGAGCGCCUCUUAACUCCCUGACAUGACUGAGAGUUUUCAAGUGCCUGCCAAGUCAUGGAAGUCGCUGUGGCACCAAAAGACGAAGACGCCCUCUCUAAUGUUGUGCAGCUCUGGACCUGAUGCUCUCUAGGGAGUUUCCUGCUCAUUGCUGGCUAAUGAAAUGGCGCAUGGCUGCAUCAGUGAUGUCUAGACCAUAGGGCUCAGUCUGCACUUUAAGUAAACACCUUUAAUGGUUGAGCCAGUCAGGAGCCUGCUUAUCUAAUUCAAGAUUCAAGGUUUCUUUACUUACCAUAUACAACAAGUGUAUUGGAAUGCUUACUCGUUCGGCUGUACCCAGUAACGUUAGAGAAAAGAAACAAAUAGGCACAAAUGACAAACAGACAUGGUCAAUACAUUUAGACAAUAGACGUUAGAAUACAGGCAACAGGACAUAGUGCAAAUAGUGCACUUGAGAUGUACCGGGAAAAAAAACAGUAAUAAUUGUCUAUCCAAAUGCUUAAUUGUUCUCCUAACUUUGAUUCAGGAUGCUUUGCUUGAAUUUCUGUGCUGGGGGUAUUAUAAAUUGAAGGUCUCCUGGUGUGUGAUGGGCAAUCCUUACAUUGUUAAUAUUCUCAGUCUUGAAAAACAACAGACCAAAUGUUUGGCUGCAGUUCAAAAGAUACAGAGCAAAUGGAUGUUUAAGAGCACAGUCAACAGUGGGCUCACAGGAAGUAAAUUUGAAACUUUUCACUUCUGCUUUUGUCAGGCAAAUGAACAUUAUCAGAUGUUACAGCCAUUUGACAUCAACUACAUUAGAGGGCAGCACAGAAUUUUAGUAUUUAAUAUAAUUACAUUUCGAAUAGAAUAUAAACAUGCAUAAAGUCUUCACUCGGGUUAGGUGUGUUCAAGCAGAGUCCCUUUAUACACGCGCAUGGGGAGGAUAUAAUCAUGCAGAUCUGAGAGGAGCCUCUCAUACAGACCUGUGAGUAACCUCUCCACCAAGAUGAUAAAUGCAAUGAGUUUUAUACAGCAAAUUCACACAAGAGAGCUCAUUCUAAGUUUCCAUAUUGAGUUGUUUUUCUCUCUACAAACAUUUCUUUGUAAUUGACCACAUUCUUCUUAAGAAGCAGUUCUACCUUGCAUACAGACAAAUGGAAGUAUAUAAAUAAAAGGUGUGAAAUGAGCUAGA